AUGCUUUAUCUUAAUUAUACAAUUGAUCCAACCUCUGAAGACCGGUAUCAUUGUAUCCAUGCUGCUGGAGUACAUACUGUUGCAUUGCCAUGGUUGGCACAUUAUGAAAAAUUUUGUGCAGAAGAUGAAGAAGAACCUCUGCCAGACAUGUCCUUGCAUGAUAAAAGUAUCGUUGAACACUUGAUUUGCACAAAGCCAUUGACUUCCAGUCCUCCCUUUCCGAUCCUUGGCUUGGCUACUAUCAACAACCAUCUUUUGGGCAAUAACCUCAUUGUUCUUACUACGGAUAUGGAUUUCUUAACAAUUCCACUGAGUGACCAUUAUAAAUUACCGCCAGCAAUGAUUAGUGCAAUGCAAACCACUUCAAAAACUAUGGGUUCUCCCUUCAAAGAACUCUCCAAGGAGCCUUUUGAUAAGCAUAUCUCAAAGAUCCUCCAGAGAACAACCAGCACACCACUACUCAAGGGCAGCAAGACAAUGAACAUUAGCCAAGAAGAAUGCUACAUGCUCCUGAUACGAAGUACCAAAGUUUUUAGGGAACAGUAUAUACAAAAGCAAGACCUGGCCAUGGAAGAGAUCAAACGAAGAAUCAAUAUUCUUCAAACCCACAAAACCCACCAACUGUCUGCACUAGAAAACCUGGAACACUCUAAGAAUCUCUUAAGAGAUUCAACACAGUCUCUGGCAGAAAAAUAUGAAAGCUGCAAAGAAAAUCAAGACCAGCUUUUAAACAGGUAA